CCUAUGAACAUACACGCACAAACACACACACACACACACACACAUAUACACGCACACAAAGGUACAAGACCUCAAAUAUGGAGUGAUUCAGCUUUGUUUGCCUUUGUUUGGAUUGAAAGACUGGGCAGGUAGGAGUGAACUAGUUGAUGAAACCAGAGAUGAACAAAGCAGCUCAUCUUCAAGUGGUCCAUGCAGGGGACAGGAGGACGCUGUCCAGAGCAGGGUUCCUCUCACUGCUGAAAAACUACAACUGUUUCCUCAAGGACCAGACCCAACUGCACCUCAGUUACUCUCAGGGUGAUGAUGGAGAGGUGGUGGUGGAAGGUUUCCUGAAUAUCUCCUGGGGAGUGCGGAGACCCAUCAGGCUGAAAAUACAGGAUGAUAAACAGAUGCUUCCCUUUGUUCCUGUGGUAUCACCUGACCCCACCAGUCCAGUCAGCCCCAACGGAAACAAGAGGGGUAUGACACGGUGGGGGGAGUAUGUUGACCUUCACCAGAUAGAUGAGAUGGCUGAGACACCGCAGGACACAGUAGUCACCAGUCCUUUACCAGGCCCAGUUGUUUACGAGACCACCACACUGCGUCCUGUGAGGCACAAGAGCUCAGAGCUGGAGGCCGAGUCCAACCUGUUUCGCUGUAUGAGCGACGCCUCGUUGGUCAAGAGGAGGAAGAAGGGGAAGUCAGCAGCACAAAGAGAGAAAGAAAGACAACAUCGCUUUUCUAUCAAUGGACACUUCUAUAACUAUAAGACGUCUAUUUUUACUCCAUCCUUUGGUACUCCAACUAAAGUUCGUAUCUCUAGCACAUGGACCACAAACCAGGUCAUUGAACAGCUACUAAACAAGUUCAAGAUAGAGAAUGAUCCCCAGGAGUUUGCUCUGUACUGUGUUCACCAGAGUGGAGAAAAGAGAAAGCUCAGUAACAGAGACCAGCCCCUAUGGGAGCGCAUAUUACAAGGACCCUCCGAAGACAUCAUGAGGAUUUUUUUGAUGGACAUGGACGAAGAGGAAGUCAGCAAUGAUGUAGCCCAGUAUCUGAACCUGGAGCUUCCCAUCCUGGAGCAGGUUCUACUGAAACUUGGAGAAGAGGAGCACAGAGAGAUACAGAGGGUCAUUGGCAAGUACCACCACCAGCACAGACUCAUAUCCCAUAUGCUGAACUGUAAGACACCUCACAUUGAGACCAGCGUCUGAUGACUGCUGAUCUGAAUCACUGACAGGACCGGGCAUUCAUCACAACACCACUUUAGGGAUAAAAGAUGAAAAGAUGAGAUGUGGAUAAAAAAAACAUUUUUCUUUUUUUACCUUUUUAACUUUCUAAGUUGCAAUGGUUUGGGUGUAAAACAUAAUGGUGGGAAAUGCCAUAUGAAAUACUACAGAGAUAUAACAAAACACAGUACUUCUUCACUAUAUGACAGGAUACGAUGCUGCUGUAAAUAACUGUACAUUAGUUUUGUGUGUUCAUUAAUAAAUGUUAGUUAUGGGACCAACAUGA